AUGUCAAGGCCAAAACCCAACAUAUUGGUGACUGGCACACCUGGCGUUGGAAAGACAACUUUUUGUGAGGCUUUGGCAGGUUCAGCUCAGCUGGAGCACCUGGAGGUGAGCAAAAUGGUUCGUGAGAGGAGGUUGUACAAAGAGUGGGAUGACGAAUUGGAUUGCAGCAUCUUUGACGAAGAAAUGGUCUACGAUGCCUUGGAGCCUUUGUUGGAGGCCGGAGGCUGCCUGGUGGACUUCCACUCGUCUGCUUUUUUAGACGAGGGCCUGUUGGACCUCGUAGUUGUGCUGCGUGCGGAAACUAGCACCUUGUACGACCGCCUGGAGAGAAGACACUAUCCUGAAAGCAAAGUGAAGCAGAAUGUAGAGGCAGAGAUCUUCCAAACAUGCCUGGAUGAAGCGCGUGAGGCCUUCGAGGAAACUGACAUGACCAUCUUGGAGCUGCCCAAUGACAACGAGGAGCACAUGCAGGAGGCCUUGGAGCGGGUGCAGGAGUUUGUUCGCAGCUACCAGCCUGGGUAA